UUUUAUCAUUUUGGUGGGCAGGAAAGAAUAUUUGUUGGUGACAUUUAAGGAUCAGACAAGAUGGUGAAGUUCACAGCUGACGAGCUUCGCCGAAUUAUGGACUACAAAUACAACAUCCGUAAUAUGUCUGUUAUUGCCCACGUGGAUCAUGGAAAAUCAACGCUCACUGAUUCCCUUGUGGCUGCUGCUGGUAUCAUUGCACAAGAAGUUGCUGGAGAUGUCCGUAUGACUGAUACUCGUGCUGAUGAAGCUGAGCGUGGCAUUACGAUCAAGUCUACUGGUAUCUCUCUCUACUAUGCGAUGACUGAUGAGGCUUUAAAGAGCUACAAGGGAGAACGCCAGGGAAAUGAGUACUUGAUCAAUCUUAUUGAUUCCCCUGGGCACGUUGACUUCUCAUCUGAAGUUACAGCGGCCCUUCGUAUUACUGAUGGUGCACUUGUGGUGGUAGACUGUGUUGAGGGUGUCUGUGUCCAAACUGAGACUGUGCUUAGACAGGCUCUGGGUGAAAGGAUCAGGCCUGUCUUAACUGUCAACAAGAUGGACAGGUGCUUCCUUGAGCUUCAGGUUGAUGGAGAAGAGGCUUAUCAGACAUUCCAAAGAGUGAUUGAGAAUGCUAAUGUCAUUAUGGCUACAUAUGAGGAUCCACUUCUUGGUGAUGUUCAAGUCUAUCCUGAGAAAGGAACUGUUGCUUUCUCUGCUGGUUUGCAUGGUUGGGCUUUUACCUUGACAAACUUUGCUAAGAUGUAUGCAUCCAAAUUUGGUGUUGAUGAAUCAAAGAUGAUGGAGAGGCUCUGGGGUGAGAACUUCUUUGACCCUGCUACGAAGAAGUGGACCACUAAGAACACUGGCUCUCCUACUUGCAAGCGUGGUUUUGUUCAGUUCUGCUAUGAACCCAUUAAGCAGAUUAUCAACACUUGCAUGAAUGAUCAGAAAGAUAAACUCUGGCCUAUGUUGCAAAAGCUUAAUGUCAACAUGAAGUCUGACGAAAAGGACUUGAUGGGGAAGGCAUUGAUGAAGCGUGUCAUGCAGACAUGGCUCCCUGCAAGUACUGCACUCCUGGAAAUGAUGAUCUUUCACCUUCCCUCUCCUGCCAAAGCGCAAAAGUACCGUGUUGAGAACUUGUAUGAGGGUCCCCUUGAUGAUCAAUAUGCUAAUGCUAUCAGGAACUGUGAUCCUGAUGGUCCUCUCAUGCUUUACGUAUCUAAGAUGAUUCCUGCGUCUGAUAAAGGUAGGUUUUUUGCUUUUGGUCGUGUGUUCUCUGGUAAGGUCUCAACUGGUUUGAAGGUCAGGAUUAUGGGUCCAAACUUUGUUCCUGGUGAAAAGAAAGAUUUGUAUGUGAAGAGUGUACAAAGGACUGUUAUUUGGAUGGGAAAGAGGCAGGAAACUGUUGAGGAUGUGCCUUGUGGUAACACAGUGGCCAUGGUUGGUUUGGAUCAGUACAUCACGAAGAAUGCUACCCUUACUAAUGAGAAGGAAGUUGAUGCUCAUCCUAUUCGAGCAAUGAAGUUUUCUGUCUCACCUGUUGUUCGUGUGGCCGUUCAGUGCAAAGUUGCAUCUGAUCUUCCCAAGCUCGUUGAAGGUCUUAAACGUCUGGCCAAGUCAGAUCCUAUGGUUGUCUGUUCCAUUGAGGAGUCUGGAGAGCACAUCAUCGCUGGUGCUGGUGAACUCCACCUUGAGAUCUGUUUGAAGGAUUUGCAGGAUGAUUUCAUGGGUGGUGCUGAGAUUAUUAAGUCGGAUCCUGUUGUGUCAUUCCGUGAGACUGUCCUUGAGAAGUCUUGCCGCACUGUCAUGAGUAAGUCCCCCAACAAGCACAACCGUCUCUAUAUGGAAGCCCGACCAUUGGAGGACGGUCUUGCUGAGGCAAUUGAUGAUGGUCGUAUUGGUCCUAGGGAUGAUCCUAAGGCUCGUUCUAAGAUCCUUUCCGAGGAGUUUGGUUGGGACAAGGAUCUGGCCAAGAAAAUCUGGUGUUUUGGUCCUGAGACAACUGGCCCUAACAUGGUUGUGGAUAUGUGUAAGGGAGUUCAGUACUUGAAUGAAAUCAAGGAUUCUGUUGUUGCUGGGUUUCAAUGGGCAUCAAAGGAAGGUGCAUUGGCUGAAGAGAACAUGAGAGGUAUCUGCUUUGAAGUCUGUGAUGUGGUUCUUCAUGCUGAUGCCAUUCACAGAGGGGGUGGUCAGGUCAUUCCAACUGCUCGUAGGGUUAUUUAUGCUUCCCAGCUAACAGCCAAGCCUAGGCUGCUUGAGCCUGUGUACCUGGUUGAAAUCCAAGCUCCUGAGCAGGCCCUUGGUGGUAUUUACAGUGUUCUUAACCAGAAACGUGGUCAUGUCUUUGAGGAGAUGCAGAGGCAAGGUACCCCGCUUUACAACAUCAAGGCAUACCUCCCUGUUGUUGAGUCAUUUGGAUUCUCUGGCACUUUGAGAGCUGCAACCUCAGGACAGGCUUUCCCACAAUGUGUGUUUGAUCACUGGGAUAUGAUGUCGUCUGACCCACUGGAGGCGGGAUCACAGGCUGCACAGCUUUGUACUGAUAUCCGUAAGAGGAAGGGCUUGAAGGAGCAGAUGACCCCACUGUCAGAAUUCGAAGACAAGCUGUAAGCAGCGUCUUUUUUUUGGCAAGGGAUUAAGUUGCUGGCAAACUAUUUAAAGCAGAAAUUUUGCUGCCCUUGAUUUUGUUUUGUUACUUUAUAUCGUUAUAUUUAGUAUCCGUGUGUUCUAUUGUAGUCACCGAAACUUGUGUUUAUUUUGGUUUUAAGAGCUCUUCUUAGAGGAACAAUGAGUAAUGUUUUACCGUGUUAUAUUAGUCUGCUGUUUUGAACUAUAUUUCUUCCAAUGACAUUUCAGUUUUUGAUGUUCA